AAUUUGUUUGUGUCACUGUCAGUGUUGCAUCGCGUCUGGUGGUAGACUAAGGGAAAAGACAAGGACCACAACAUCUGCUCAAGUGUUACUGCGUGCGGCACUUCCAUGCCUCUCUUCAUCAUCGCAUCUUAUCUUCGCUGCCACUGCAACAGGAGCUGAUUUGCCAGGAUCACUAAUUUAACAGCAACAAAUGGCCACCUUCAUUUUCAAAUGCUUCUGAGACAUUAUUUCAUCAAUAAGGAAGAUGCAUGAGUUCUCCAUUGUUGAUGGUUUUGUGGAGAUAAGUGAAUGCAUGGCAGAGAUGACCAAGUACGUGGCUAAUGAACCAUCCGUUGGGCUUUUCUUUAUCCAACAGCAUGCUCAAAAUGCAGUACCCAAUAUCAUCAAAGUUAAGAAAAAUGUUGUUGAGAAGUCUCAUGAAACAACUUUGCACACAGAAGAUUUGGAGGACUCUGUCACAAUGGUUCAAUCAAUGAAAGAGUGUGGAUUUCCCAUAGCUGAUAAGAUGAUCAGAGAGAUUAAAAAAUCUCUGAUAACUAUGGAAACAAAACAACCGAAAAGAGGGUUAAUCCAUCCAGCAUCAAGUUCUCAUUCAGAAAGAGCUAGUUUCUUGGGUAACGCUGCAUUUUAUGCUCAGGAGGGCAAUGAAAAAAGGAGUAACUAUUUCUCAAAUGUUUUGAAGUCAGCAAAAGAGAAGGCUGGCAGCUUCAAGUGGCGGCAGCUUGAUACUCGGGGAUCAAUAGAUUCCACGGAUGAGAAGCCACCAAUGUACCCUAAUUUGCCGUUGUUGGUCACAUCUGCAAGCAUUACUUCAUCUUUUCGGGCUGCCGAAACUGAUGAGUUGCCUGUAUCAAGCCAGGUUGAAGACGAGUCUCAGCACAAACAGACCGAUGUUAGUGAUAUCAGCAUUAAUUUAUUGUCAGUAUCAGAAAGAUUCGACGACUUCAAAGCUAAUAAAGAAGCUAAACUAGCGGAGUGGCUGGACGGAACUGGCAACCUUGAUGAUAAUUGCGGCACAGGUGAUGAGAAAAGGUCUUAGUUUGGCAUGAUAAAGAAGCUAUACUUCAAUAAAAUGCUUCACCCCGUACAUGCUGUUGUACAACAUCAAGUUUCUCUGAAUUGUGAUUAUAAAUAAAAUGAUUUUUUUGUAAUGCUGUAGAGAUUUUCUUUGAAAUUUAAACAAGCAUGAUUCUGUACGGGGUUUGAUCAUGCAUGAUAUUGCAUUCCUUCUACCUGGAACUUCAAUAUUUAUUUCUUAUGUCAACUGAUGGAAAGGA